AUGUUCCUCCUCCUAGUGCUGUUUACGGGUCUUAGUGGGCUGCAAGCCGGCCAGAAUCCUCAGAAAACCCUCCUGCAGACAACAGUUCCUGAAAAGAUUUCAUCACCGGAUGUGGAAAAAGACCCUGAAAAUCAUAUUGUAUAUCUUAUUACGAUAGCUGGAAACCCAUAUUUUGUCCAUCUUAUAAAACAAUCACUUAUAGCUCCAGCUGCGGUGGUUUACACAUACGACAAAAAUGGUGUCCAACAUUCUCAACCUUUGUCUCCUCUGGGAAGUUGCACUUACAAUGGAUAUGUUGCAGGUUUUCCAAACUCUCUGGUGACACUCAGCAUUUGCCCAGGACUCAGGGGAACAAUACAAUUCCAAAAUAUCUCCUAUGGAAUUGAGCCUGUGGAAGCUGUGCCAGGGUUUGUGCAUGUGGUCUAUGAGAGCACAAAUGAGAACAUUGAGAUCCCUGUCUUGCAAGAUGAGAGUUACAAUUGGUAUAACGAGUCACAGUUAGAGUCCAGAAGCAAUGCGAAGAAAACUCAAUUUGUCCAGUUACCCCCACGAUACAUUGAGAUGGAUAUUGUCGUGGAUAAACAUCUGUUUGAUUACAUGGGCUCUGACACUAAAAUUGUGAUACAGAAAGUUAUUCAGAUCAUCAGCCUUGUUAACACCAUGUUCUCCAAGUUAAAACUGACUGUUGUAAUACAUUCCAUUGACAUCUGGUCGAAGGAAAACAGAAUUUCUUUCCCAGGGGACCCUAAGGACUUAUUGAUUGCAUUUUUAAAUUGGAAACAAGACCAUAAACCACAAGUUGUUUCAUAUUUAUUGGCUUUUGAGAAGUAUCCUGCUUCCAUUGGAGCCCUAUAUCCAGGGAACUUGUGCAGUGCAUAUUUUGAUGGUGCUGUUGCUCUGUAUCCAAAAGGUUUAUCAUUAGAGUCAUAUAGUGUCAUUGUCGCACAGCUGCUGAGCAUCGGUAUGGGCUUAACUUAUGACAGUACUGACACCUGUCAUUGCACAGGAGAGGUUUGCCUAAUGACGCCCAAAGCAAUAUACUUUGGUGGUAUGAAGGAUUUCAGCACUUGUAGCUUGGACGAGUUUAAGUAUUUGUCAACGGGCAGAGACCUUGGAUGUCUCCAGGACUGGCCUAUGGAGAGAUCAUUUCGCCGCAGGCCAAGGCGAAUAUGUGGCAAUGGGAUUCUGGAAGGUAAUGAACAAUGUGACUGUGGCACCUUGAAGAACUGUACACAUAGAGCUUGCUGUGACCCUAUGUCGUGCCGAUUAAAGAAGAAUGCUAUAUGUGGCUCUGGAGAGUGUUGUAAGCAAGACUGCACGAUAAAGCCAAUUAAUACACUUUGUAGAAAACCAGUUGAUGAGUGUGACUUUGAGGAAUAUUGUAAUGGGAACUUGUCUUAUUGUGGACCCAACACAUACUCACGUGAUGGACAAUAUUGUGACUCCGGUGGAGCCUUCUGCUACCAUGGAUCAUGCCAGACUACUGACAGACAAUGUAUAGCAUUGCUUGGAAAAGGUGUGAGAGGUGCUCCCUUCUGGUGUUUUGAAGAGAUGAAUUCCAGAGGUGAUAGAUUUGGCAACUGUGUUUCUCAACUUUGUAAAUUUCAAAAUGUUCUGUGUGGGAAGUUAGUCUGUACAUGGCCAUUCAAGAAGUUAGUGAAUCUUGCCAAUAUGUCUGCGGCUUAUACACAUGUACAAGAUAACAUAUGUGUAUCUCUGUAUAAAGGCGGAAGGAUACCUAAGCAGACAAUGACGACAUACAGCACUAUUGAAGACAGAGAUGAAACAUUUGUAGAAGAUGGUGUUAUCUGUGGCCCUGAUAUGUUCUGUAUGUCCACAGUGUGCAGAGAAAUGCGGUUUUUGUCAGAUUUUAAAUCUUGCGAUGCUACUAGAGACUGUAAUGACCACGGGGUUUGCAACAAUUAUCACCAUUGCCACUGUGAUAAAGGAUUCAAUCCUCCUAACUGUGAAAAAAUGAGCGGACAGUUUGGAAGCAUUGAUGAUGGACACUCGUACCCUGUUCAAGGUAAAAGCUAUAAGCGGCAGCAAAGUAAUGGUAUUUUUUCAAAACAGCAGCUUCAGCUCAUUUUCUAUAUAUCUAUACCCGCAGUUAUCAUUAUUACAGCUAUAUUUAUAAAGCAAAGUAAACUGAGACAGCUAUGUGACAGAGAAGGAAGUGAAAGCAACAGAUCCAUGACAGAAGACAGUGGGACUCUCAGCAAGUUGACCACCAGUAAAGGAAGGUAA